GCGGCGUCCUGUGAAACCGGGUAAUACAGUCAGCGGCGCAGAGACAGAUGAUUUAGCGUCCAAUCAUGAGGCUGGUUUUUGUUGUGCUGGUCUUUCUGAGGGUCCAGCAUGUGAACUCAGCAUCUAAAGGAAUUGUCGCCAGUCUUCAGGCCAAAUGGGCUGACCCUCUCCUACUGGAAACAAGUGAAUUCAUCAGAGAAGAUGGAGAUGAGAAAUUCUGGCAGUUUGUCGAUACUGUGAAGGAGUUAACUGUUUACAAAUCUGGAGAGUCUGUCCGGUCCUAUUAUAACCUGAUCCAGAAGGCUGGCCAGUUUUUGACAGAUCUUCAGGUCAACCUGUUGAAGCUCUCUCUGUCUCUUAGGACUUACUCUCCAGCUGUACAUGCUCUCCAACAAAUAGCAAGCGAUGAACCUCCUCCUGAUGGCUGCUCUGCUUUUGUGGUUGUUCAUGGUCAAAAUGCCUGCAGCACCAAGGAUAUGAAGAAGCUCUUGAAGACAGCAGCAGACAGGCCAAGACCUUAUCUAUACAAGUCUGAUCACCAGUACCCAGGAGUCAAUGGGACAGAUGUGCCUGUAGCUAUUCUUUAUGCUGAAAUUGGCACUAAGGAGUUCAGCACUUUUCAUAAGCUUCUGUCAGAGCGAGCACAGGAGGGCAAACUCAUCUAUGUGCUACGACAUUUGUGUCUGUAAGUAUUAGCAGAGCCGAAAAAUGAAAGGAUGCUGCUCUCUGGAUAUGGUGUGGAACUGGCAAUUAAAAGUACUGAGUACAAAGCUGUUGAUGACACAAAAGUUAAAGAAUCCAAAUCAGCCGGCACUGAUAAUGAGGAUGAAAAUGAUGAAGUCCAAGGAUUUCUGUUUGGGAAAUUGAAAAAGUCUCACCCGGAGCUUCAGGAGGAACUUGGAGAGCUGAGAAAGCAUCUACUGGAGAGCACCAAUGACAUGACUCCUCUUAAAGUGUGGGAGCUCCAAGACCUCAGUUUCCAGGCGGCAUCUCGGAUCAUGACUGUGCCAAAGUUUGAUUCUCUCAAAUUAAUGCAAGAGCUCAGCCAAAAUUUCCCCAGCAGAGCCAGAUCACUGACAAGAGUGGCUGUAAACCAAGACAUGAAGAAGGAAAUAGAAGACAACCAAAAGAGGCUGAGUGAGUCGAUGGGCGUCCAUCCUGGAGAUGCCAGUCUUUACAUUAAUGGAAUACAUGUUGACCUGGACAUUCAUAACCCUUUCAGCAUUCUGGACAUUCUCAGAAGCGAGGCUAAGAUUCUUGAAGGUCUUCAUAAUCUUGGCGUCAAAGGAAACACUAUUAGUAAGUUCCUGCAUUUACCAUCAUCAACCGCUGUAGAGGACAGCUACGCUCUGGACAUCCGACACUCAUCCAUUAUGUGGGUUAAUGAUAUUGAGAAGGACUCCAUGUAUCGUCACUGGCCCUCGAGUCUCCAGGAGCUCCUCAGAGCAACAUUUCCUGGUGUUAUUCGACAAAUACGCCGUAACUUCUAUAACCUGGUUCUGUUUCUUGACCCAGCACAGGAAGAGAGCAUUGAGCUUGUGAAGUUAGCAGAACUCUUUUACAAACACAACAUUCCCCUCAGGUACCGUAUGGAUUGGUUUGUACUGGUUGUCAGUUCUGAUGAUGAAGUGGAUGGACUUUCGGAUGCUGGUGUUGCUCUCUUCAGACUGUUAAAUUACAUUUCAGAGGAGUAUGACGAAGCUCAGGCUUUCACAUCCAUGGUGUCAAUAUUUAAUAGAAUUGGAGUAGGGAAGACACUCUCUGUCGACACAAUAAAAGCAUAUCUGAAAAAGAAAUUUCCAAGCAAUGCUGCCAGAAUUCUUGGAGUGGAUUCAAGCUAUGAUGACAACAGAAAGGUAAUCGUUUACAAGAAGAGUGGUUUAGGUGCUUUACCAGUGGGCCUGUUCAAUGGUGUCCCACUCAGUAGUGAUGAGAUGGACCCGGAGGAGCUGGAAACAGUUCUGCUGCAGAAAAUCAUGGAAACUACAAACUUCUUCCAGAGAUCUGUCUUCAUGGGUCAGAUCACAGAGAGUGUUGAUGUGGUGGACUUCCAGAUGGAGCAGGCCAAUGUUGUUCCUCGUAUCAACCCUUUGAUUCUGAGCUCUGACAGGCGGUAUCUGGAUUUUACUGCCUCACCAGUUGCUGAUGACUGGGAUGACUCGAAUAUGUUUUCAUACUUGGACUCCAGAGACAAAACAGGAGUUAUCUCUAAGAGAAUGAAGUAUUUCAUCAGAGAGGAGGCUGAGGUGUUGUAUGGAGUGACCAUGUGGAUUGUAGCAGAUAUUGAACAGCCCUCUGGGAGACAGUUGCUCCGGAAUGCCUUGAAACAUAUGAAAUCCAGCAGUUCCAGCUGUCGUGUCGGGGUGAUCAAUAACCCCAAUAGAAAGCCCACUGAGGAGAACAGCGUUCUGUACAGAGCCGUCUGGGCUUCUCUUCUCACUCAAAGCAGCAAGAACACGCUCGACUUCACUCUAAAACUCCUCAAAGAAGAAAAUGUUGAACUCCUCAAACAAGGCACCAAGAUUAAGCACUUACUUAAACAGGGUAUGGACCACGAUGCCUUUGAGAAGAAGUUCAACACGAUGGAGGUGGAUUUCCUGCACAGCCAGCAGAAGUACUGUAGGGAAGUGUUAAAGCUCCAAGCAGGACAAAGAGCUGUGGUCAGCAACGGCAGGAUCCUAGGCCUGCUGGACGACACAGAAGAAGAAGAAGUGUUCAGUGUGGAAGAUUUCCAUCUGCUAGAAAUGAUCACACUUCGCACCUCGGCAGAAAAGAUUAAAUCCAAGAUCAAGCAAAUGAACUUCAGUGCCCAAAAGGCCAGUGAUCUAAUCAUGAAAGUGGACGCUCUCCUUUCUUCGUCGCCUAAAGGAGAAGCCAGAAAAGAUGUCAAAUUUCUGAAGGACAAACACAGUGUUCUUCAUCUGGCACAAAGAGAAGAUGAGGUCUUCUAUGACGUGAUUGCCAUUGUGGAUCCUCUCACCAGAGAAGCACAGAAGUUGGCUCCUUUAUUGGUUGUGCUUGGUCAAGUGGUCAAUAUGAAAGUGCAGGUGUUCAUGAACUGUCGAGCCAAGCUGUCUGAGAUGCCCCUGAAGAGCUUUUAUCAGUAUGUUUUGGAGCCGGAUGUUUCCUUCUUUGGCAACAACUCCCUUUCCCCCGGCCCUAUGGCUCGCUUUACUGAAAUUCCAGAAUCCCCUCUGCUCACUCUUAAUAUGAUCACCCCAGAGAGCUGGAUGGUGGAGGCCGUCAGGAGCCCAUAUGAUCUAGAUAACAUUCACCUACAGGAGGUCAGUGGUGUAGUGAAUGCAGAGUAUGAGCUGGAGUAUCUGCUGCUGGAGGGACACUGUUUUGACCUGUCCACAGGUCAGCCACCCAGAGGACUUCAGUUCACACUGGGCAUGAGACAGGAGCCUCUCAUGCAUGACACCAUUGUCAUGGCCAACCUGGGCUAUUUCCAGUUAAAGGCAAACCCUGGUGCCUGGAUCCUGAGACUGCGUGAUGGCCGCUCUGAGGACAUCUAUCAGAUACAGGCGCAUGAUGGUACAGACUCUCCUGUCGAUGCUGGAGAUGUCAUCGUGGUGCUCAACAGCUUCCAUAGCAAGAUCAUCAAAGUUAGAGUCCAGAAAAGGCCUGACAAACUCAAUGAGGAUCUUCUAAGUGAAGGAACUGAAUCCAAAGGCCUGUGGGACUCCAUAACCAGUGUGUGGAGUUCUUUGGAAAAGAGCUUCUCUGGUGGCCCAAGCAUGGAUGAGGGCAACAAUAAGAAAGAUGUUUUAAACAUUUUCUCUGUGGCCUCUGGACAUUUAUAUGAGCGAUUCCUGAGAAUAAUGAUGCUGUCUGUCCUCCGACACACCACAACACCUGUCAAGUUCUGGUUCCUCAAAAACUACCUCUCCCCCUCUUUCAAGGAAACCAUCUCUCACAUGGCGAAGGCAUAUGGUUUUCAGUAUGAGCUGGUUCAGUAUAAAUGGCCCCGGUGGCUUCACCAGCAGACAGAAAAGCAGCGCAUCAUCUGGGGCUACAAGAUCCUCUUCCUGGAUGUGCUCUUCCCCCUGGCCGUGGACAAGAUUAUCUUUGUUGAUGCCGAUCAGAUUGUCAGGGCAGAUUUAAAGGAGCUGAGGGAUCUGGAUCUUGAAGGCGCCCCCUAUGGGUACACACCGUUCUGCGACAGCCGAAAAGAGAUGGAAGGAUAUCGUUUCUGGAAGACUGGCUACUGGGCCUCCCAUCUUGGACACAGGAGAUACCAUAUCAGUGCACUGUAUGUGGUGGACUUGAAGAAGUUCAGAAAGAUCGCAGCUGGAGACCGACUCAGAGGACAGUAUCAAGCCUUAAGCCAAGAUCCCAACAGUCUGUCCAACCUUGACCAGGACCUUCCCAACAACAUGAUCCAUCAAGUGGCCAUCAAGUCAUUGCCUCAGGAGUGGCUGUGGUGCGAGACCUGGUGUGAUGACCACUCCAAAACUACAGCCAAGACCAUAGAUCUGUGUAAUAACCCGAGGACCAAAGAGCCCAAGCUGAGUGCAGCGGUGAGGAUUGUUUCAGAGUGGACGGAAUACGACAAUGAGAUAAAACGCUUUCUGAAAGAAGUAAAAACAGAAAUUACCCAGAGGAAAGCAUCCUCAUCAUCCACACAGCACACAGGCAAUCAACGUGACGAACUUUAGCACUCAAGUUGACCAACUCGUCCUGUGAAUCUUGACCAUGUUUUCCACAACAGAAAUCCUUUUUAAAUGACUUCAUGUCAAUUUUAUGUAUGUGGUUGUAAACAUGUCUUGGCUUUUUAUGAAAUACUCUUGAUGAGCGUCAAAGAAAUCUGAUAUUUUUGGCCAGUUCAUGAACUUGCAAAGGCACUGCUGUUUAUCUGAAGUAUUUAUAAGGGGGAAAACAUGUCAAUAUUGUGUACAUUCCUUCAGAGAAAACUGUUACAUGUUUGUUCUGUUUCACAUGGCCUUUUUGUAUUCAGUAAAUAAAUGUACAAUAUUUUUGUCUGCGUGCAAAUUGAAGGGUAUAUGACAUUUCAGUAAUAACUAAUGCAUUCUGAUUAAUUAGUACUGAAAACUGAACACUAUGAAGAAGUCUCUAUUUCCAGUCUCUAUUUUCAUUUGUAAACCUAUAUGAAGGACAUCAAAUUAUUUGUUAGUCAAAACUUGUCAGAUCUGAAUGCCAGUUACAGAAGCCGAUUUCUAGCAUUCCCUGAUUAUUUAUAUUCUUGCAUUACGUCAUUGACUCUGUACAUGUUGUUUCUAUGCCUUGAUGUUCAGUGAUUUUCUCAGGAAUAAAGUGAUAUUUUUAUUCUGA